AUGGGUGCAAUGGGGCGACUUUGUGCCCGGAUCUUUCUGGUUCUGCUGCCGCCAUCCGCGGUGAGCCUGUGCUUGGAGGAUGGGGUCCCGGAGCAGAAUCGACGCUACCUUAGUGACACCGCUGCCAGCGCAGACGAGAGUCGCACCCCCAUCCGCAUGGUCAUGUACGACUGGGGUUCUGCGGAAAUGGCUUCGACCUUGACGCACAUUCUCGUCACAGAGCACUUUGGCUACCACGCCGUCAUGAACCAGCAGAGGACGCUAGGAUCCUUCGAUGGCGUGCUCGAACUAGCUGGCUGCACAACGGAAGACUGCUCGCAGAGAUACGCAGAGAGCCACAUUGCCAUGGAGUGCUGGAUGUCGGAAAUACCGUUCCAGUUUGCACGCUUUGCGGCGGAGCACCCCGACAAGGUUCCCUUUGACUUGGGGUCCAUCGGAUACUUCGGAGAGAACUCCCUCAGUGUAAGAGGCGCCGUGCGCGACGACGCCUACUUCACAUCGGGUUUGUCUUUGGAGUUCUACAAGAGCUACAACACUACACUGCACCACCCGAAGCUCUUCUUCGAUUCGAUCACUGAUUUAGACAUCAACGACUUUGCCCCCUGCAACACCACUGGCAACAACUUCGCCAACGACGUUGAAAUGCGGGCAUACGGACGAUGGACUGGUGACUGGGACGGGCUGGAGGAGACGGAGAGUGGCUACAUCGCCAAGUGCUCGGAUGGCAGUGCUGGUAAGUCCGAUGUUUUUGGCUUGGAAGAGAUCCCAAUUCUCAAUAAACGGCUUUGA